AUCGAAAGUAAACUGAAUAAGGAAAUAAAAUCCCACUCGGGAGACAUAUUGUCCUCUCCGGCAGCCGCACACCUCUGACUUCACUUGAAAACUUCAACAGAACUUUAUUUAUUUGCGUCUUGGCUGAAAAGUUUUGCCGCGUCAUGUCAAAGGCAUCAACACUGAAGAUCAGCAGCGCGAGCGCGCAGAAGGUGGAAAACUUCCGCCAGUCUCUGUAUCAUGAGGCGGAGAAUUUGUUCUCCAGCUACAUCCCCCUGAAGAUUGUGCAGCUGGAUGCUCUGCUCAGGGAUGACGCCCUCAGCAUCACAGACAUGACCUCGCUCCAGGCUCCUCUGGACAUCCCCAUACCUGACCCCCCCUCCCCAGAGGACGAGGAAAUGGAGACGGAUAAGAAUGAAGACGAUGAGAAGAAAAAGAAGAAAGCUCCAAAAUGUGGCUUCAUCAAGGGCAAUGAGAAGAUCAUGAUACUUCUGGACAGGGUGAAACCAGAGAUUGUCGCUCUGAGAGAGACCAUCAUCGUUGUCUCAUGCUGGAUUCAGCACCUCAUCCCAAAAAUAGAAGAUGGAAAUGACUUCGGUGUCGCCAUCCAGGAGAAGAUCUUGGAGAGGAUCACUGCAGUGAAGACCAAAGUUGAUGGUUUCCAGACCAACAUCAAUAAGUACUUUUCAGAGAGGGGAGAUGCUGUUGCAAAAGCUUCCAAAGAGACUCAUGUGAUGGACUACCGCUCCCUCGUCCACGAGAAGGACGAGGCCAUCUACUCUGAGAUCAGAGUGAUCGUUCUCGACAUUCGCGGCUUCUACGCCGAGCUGUACGACAUCAUCAACAAGAAUCUGGAGAAGGUGACCAAUCCGAAAGGAGAGGAGAAACCUUCCAUGUACUGAAGCUGGAGGAAGAGGAGUGUCUGGCACUAUGCACCAUCAGUCUGCUCUUUGUUCAGUCUCACUGCAUUUUCAUCUGAAUCAGUUUUCAAUUUUGCUUUUUCUUCUCAAACAUAAAAAAACAACUGGAUCCGGGAUUUAUCCAACUGGUGUGUGAUGACACUUUAGUUGCGUAUCAACAUUUGCACUUAAUCGAAAGGUCCAGUGUGAAGGAUUUAAGGGGAUCUACUGGCAGAAAUGGAAUACAAGAUUCAUAAUUGUGUUUUCAUUAGUGUAGAAUGAGUCUUUAUAUCUACAGAGGAAGCAGGUUCUCUUCCACAGAGUCCAUUAUGUUUCUAGAGUAGCCCAGAAUGGACAAACCAAACACUGGCUCAAGAGAGACUUUCUAAUUUUUAGCGACCGCUGUAGGGCCUCCUACAUACUUUGAAGAAGAGUGUGAGGUGCAGUCUGCAAACUCACCACUAGAUACCACUAAAUCCUUCACACUGAAUCUUUGAGUUGUAAUACUAUCAGAAAAAAAAAAUAAACAAAUGAAGAA